GAGAGCCCCAGCCGGUAGGCCCUCGGCUCUGCGAUUUUCUUCUCCUCACCACCCACCUCUUCAGCGCCAUGCCGCUGUACGAGGGCCUGGGGAGCGGCGGAGAGAAGACGGCAGUCGUGAUAGACCUGGGAGAGGCUUUUACCAAGUGUGGAUUUGCUGGAGAAACUAGUCCAAGAUGUAUAAUUCCUAGUACAAUAAAAAGAACAGGGCUGCCUAAGCCUAUUAAAGUUGUUCAGUAUAAUGUCAACACAGAAGAAUUGUAUUCCUACCUGAAGGAAUUCAUCCACAUCCUGUAUUUCAGGCAUCUGUUGGUGAAUCCCAGGGACCGCCGAGUUGUGCUUAUCGAGUCAGUGUUAUGUCCCUCCCACUUCAGAGAGACACUUGCCCGUGUUCUCUUCAAAUAUUUUGAGGUUCCUUCUGUCUUACUUGCUCCAAGUCAUUUAAUGGCUCUUCUGACUCUUGGGAUUAACUCUGCCAUGGUCCUGGAUUGUGGAUAUAGGGAAAGCCUGGUGUUACCUAUCUAUGAAGGAAUCCCAGUAUUGAAUUGUUGGGGGGCACUCCCCCUAGGAGGAAAAGCUCUUCACAAGGAAUUGGAAGCUCAACUCUUGGAACAAUGUACUGUUGACACAAGUGCUGCUAAAGAACAAAGCCUUCCCUCAGUGAUGGGUGCAGUUCCAGAAGGUGUCCUAGAGGACAUUAAAGUCCGCACUUGCUUUGUAAGUGAUCUGAAGCGUGGACUAAAUAUCCAAGCAGCAAAAUUUAACAUUGAUGGGAAAACUGAGUUCCCCCUUCCCCCCCCUAAUUCCUGAUAUAUUCCUUUAUUAUGUGUUGUUUCCACUUUCAGGGAUUCAGUUGUGGAAAUUCUUUUUGAACAAGAUAAUGAGGAGAAGUCAGUUGCCACUUUAAUACUGGAUUCACUUAUGGAGUGCCCAAUCGAUACCAGAAAGCAGCUAGCAGAGAACUUGGUCAUCAUUGGUGGCACCUCUAUGUUGCCAGGAUUUCUCCACAGGUUGCUUGCAGAAAUAAGAUAUUUGGUAGAAAGACCAAAGUAUAAAAAAGCACUUGGCACCAAGACAUUUCGAAUUCAUACUCCACUGGCAAAGGCUAAUUGUGUGGCCUGGUUGGGAGGCGCUAUUUUUGGAGCACUGCAAGACAUCCUUGGAAGCCGUUCCAUCUCAAAGGAAUAUUAUAAUCAAACAGGUCGCAUUCCAGAUUGGUGUUCUCUCAAUAACCCGCCAUUGGAAAUGAUGUUUGAUGUCGGGAAAGCCCAACCACCUCUGAUGAAGAGAGCAUUUUCCACUGAGAAAUAAAAAUUUAGUUAAAAUUCAACUUUGCUUGAUUUCAAAUAGUUCUAAACAAGUUGUAGGAAGUAUGCAAAAUGUUUUGUUAUAUGCAACUUUUAAUAGAGAUGAAGACAUUUCUAUAUUUACUUCUGCAUUAAUAUUUAAUUCUUUUUUAUUUUGUUUCUCUUAUGUGGUAGUACAAUGACUGCUAAUGCUUGUGAGAUCUUACUGGAUUUUUAACAAUAAAAUACAGUAAAAUAAUUUGGCAAGCUUAUUUCAUAGUCCACUUUUCAAAAAGAACAGCAUUGCUCCUCUCCUGGGUAUUAUGGUAUUUAGGAAUUAUUUAAAGAAUAAAUACUGUUACCAAUCUC